UAACGCAGCAUCUGCAGUUCCUUUCUACACGUUGCCUCGCUGGAGACAGGUUUGGGGGCUGCAAAAUCCCAAGAUGCAAGUAAUUUAUACAAAUAGAAGUGGAGGAGCAGUAAGCUACAUAUUGAGGACAGAACACUUGUGACUAUGUUUAGCUCUGUGUCAGAGAGACAAUCAUCCUGAGAUAAUUAACCACAAGGAAACAGCCCUUCAGCGAACGACCUGAAGGAUAUGAAAUGGCACAUUCAUGCACAAAUCCCAAUUACAUGUCAGCAACAAGUUGUGUGUUUACUCCAGAUACUGCACCCAGUAUAAGUGUGUCCAAUCUGACUGGGCACCCAUUACCAUCCCAGGGAGGCGAUGGAAGGACAUUUGCUUCUCAGCUUUGUCGCGGUUGUUUUAGCCAAAGUUCCAGGUGACCAAUAUGCCGGGGAUAAAGUUUUGCGUCUGAAACCAAACAACGAACAGCAGCUGCAGUUUAUAAGGGACAUGGCUCAGACUAUGAAGAUUGACUUCUGGCAGCCAUCUUCUCCCGAGCUGGUGACUACAAACAGGACUGUGGAUUUCAGAGUCCCUGCAGACUGGGUUUCCAGCAUCCAGUACCGGCUGCAGAAGAUUGGAUUGAAAUAUGAAGUGUUAAUUGACAACGUGAAGACCCUGGUGGAGAAACAGUUUGACCAAGUGGAUCGGAAUACAACCUGCUACAAUUAUGAAAAAUACCAUGAGUGGACUGAGAUUGAAUCCUGGAUGUCUAAAAUUGCUGCUCAACACCCAACACUAGUUUCCUGGUUCAGAAUCGGAAGGACCUAUCAACAUCGCAGUAUAUAUAUCCUCCGGGUUGGCAAGAAAACGGGUGCGGUGAAGCCUGCCAUCUUCAUGGACUGCGGAAUCCAUGCCAGGGAGUGGAUUUCUCCAGCUUUUUGCCAGUGGUUUGUGAAGGAGGCUGUUGAAUCAUAUGAUAGUAAUUGUACCAUGACCAUCCUUCUCAAUAACCUGGAUUUCCUGAUUGUUCCUGUUGUCAAUGUGGAUGGUUAUAUAUACAGUUGGACCAUGGAUCGACUCUGGAGAAAGACUCGUUCCAGGAACCCUGGCAGUUACUGUGUGGGCACUGAUCCCAACCGAAACUUCGAUGCCAAGUGGUGCUCCAUCGGUUCCUCGAGGAACCCCUGUGACGAAACUUACUGUGGGUCCCGCGCAGAGUCUGAGAAGGAAGUCAGGGCUGUGGCGAAUGCCAUCCGUAGCUACAAAGCCAUCAAGGCUUACAUCACCAUCCACUCAUACUCUCAGAUGUGUCUCUUUCCAUAUUCCUACACCUACUCAUUGCCUCCAAACCACAAGGAACUGAAUUUCAUCGCCAGGAAUGCAGUUAUGGCCUUAAAGGACCUUCAUGGCACUCAAUACACCUACGGCCCAGGUGCAAUCACAAUAUAUCCUUCAGCUGGGGGUUCGGAUGACUGGGCCUACGAUUUUGGCAUCAAGUACUCGUUUACCUUUGAACUCCGUGACACGGGCCGGUAUGGCUUCCUGUUGCCCGAGUCCCAGAUCAAACCAACAUGUGAAGAGACCAUGUUAGCGAUCAACUAUAUCGCCACUUACGUUCUCACUCAUCCACAUUAACCACACUCGGGGGAAAGAGAAGAAUCCAUUGAUUUCUCAGAAAAUAAUGCACGUGUAUGUUUCCACUGUUUAGAAUCUAGUACAUUUUUUAGAUGUGACAAUAUUAUACACUAGCACUACUAAAAAGUUAACCGUCAUUAUUUUUUUUCCAGCCACGUGACAUGUAUGUUUAUUAUGUGCAUACUGGCACCUUUUCUCAACAAUAAAACAUUGUUGCUAUGUAUAAGUGUUUAUUUUCAUAGGUGGAGGGAGCAGGGCCGGGAAAUCUCUUAUCAUAAUUCUCUCAGCUUUGCUAUUCUAUUAGAUGAUCUCUCCUUUGUGUUCCUCCAUUGCCCAGUUCUUAUUGUGUAGGAAGGAACUGCAGAUGCUGGUUUAAAGAUUUACUAGAAUGUUG